GUCUGACUAGGUUUGUCCCGUGCGCCUCACCGUAGUGUGUGACGUCACCAGAGGCCUCCAUAACACAGAGAACUGCGGGGAAAACACGGGACACCGGGAGUCUCCUCUGCUUUUUCGCUAUGGGGAAGUCGUAUUCUCACAUGCCGCAGCACGCGGCGAAGGACGGGAUGAACGAGACUUCUCUUCCAUCCGAUGACACCAGCGCACUCGUCCAGUCCGACACUCACGAGGAGAGCAGGAAUGGAGAUGUUUCCCAUUUCCCUUAUGUGGAGUUCACCGGGAAGGACAGUGUGACCUGCGCCACGUGCCAAGGGACAGGACGCAUCCCAAGAGGUCGGGAAAAUCAACUUGUGGCUCUGAUCCCCUACAGCGAUCAAAGAUUGCGCCCCAGACGAACAAAGCUGUACGUCACUGUAUCGGUCAUCGUUUGUUUGCUCCUGUCCGGGCUGGCGGUGUUUUUCUUGUUCCCGCGUUCGGUUGACGUGCAGUACAUUGGCGUUAAGGCCGUCGUGGUGACUUACGAUGAGAGCGGGCCUACCGUCUAUCUUAACAUCACAAAUACGUUGAAUAUAACCAACAACAACUUCUACCCUAUAGAGGUGGAAAAUGUCACGGGGCAGGUGCAGUACUACAAAACAGUCAUCGGAAAGUCGAAAUUUAACAACGUGACCAAGAUUGGACCCCUGGAUACAAAACAAAUUGACUACACGGUGCCCACUAAAAUCGGGAAAGAGUUCGACUACAUGUAUACCUACUGUACACUACCGAGUAUUAAAGUUCAUAACAUUGUGGUGAACAUGCAAGUGACGGUGACCAUCUCGUACCUCGGUCACCCAGAACAGCUUUCCCAAGAAGUCUACCAGUACGUAGAUUGCGGAGGUAACGCCACCUACCAUCUCGGCCAGUCCAGCCUCCCCAUCUUCAAGCAGCCAUAAGGCGUCUUUUGUUGGAGAAGAGACGAGAGCGGUGUUUUUUUUACGCAGUCAUCCAUGCGGUUUGGCUGCGUUUGCGCGGUUGGAGCAGACGGCUUUUUCUUGGAGCGUAUCUAGAUUUAGGAUCUAACCCUGAAAUCCAAGGUUGAGGCUUCUCCACUCAUGGGUCACCUGGCGAGUCUCGUCCUUCAGACCACGUGUACAUAAAUCUGUAUAUAGUAACUUGUUCUAUAUGUGUCUAUACGCGCUGUAACACCGUAAACUUGCUCAUCGUUUUACUAUUGGGCGUGUUUUAAGUGUAAAGAUUUUUUUUUUUUUUUUUUAAAUAUUAUUUAUCAUUUUAGUUCAGUUUUAUGUUUUAAUCCAGCAUGGAUUUUUUUAUUUUAAUGUUUUAUUUAGUUUUUUCUUAUGAUUUAUGUUUUUGUUUGCAGUAAAUGGGGGUCAUUCAGUAUAGCCAGAAAGUUGUGUUCCACUGUUUCUAUCUUUUUUUUUCCUGGUACAGUCAAUUGAUGACCAAUAUGGCGGCCAUUAAAAAGGUUAGUACUGGCAACAAUGUAAAUUCUGCCUGGUUAUUGGAGCAACACCAUUUUUGUCUAUGGCUCGUGUCUGUUUUUUAAAAGGUAUCUGUCACUUUAACCCCUUAGGACAAUGGACGUCUGUGCUGGAACGUCACGCACCAGGAUGUACAUGAAGCGAGCACAGCAGCUGCGCUCGCUUCAUGUUUGGCAGGUCCCGGCUGCUAUCAGUGUCCAGGCACUUGCCGGUUGUGGCACACAUCAGGGAUCGACCUGAUGUCCACCAUUAACCCCUCAGAUGCCGUGAUCAAUAUUGAUCACAACAUAUGCGGCAGUUCUCAUGGCUGAUCGAUCUGAUCACCAGUGACACGACCGCAGGGAACAGAUGAGCCAAGAUGGAGGAUGUGUGUGUGUUUAUAUAAUUGUUAUAAAUAGUCCCAUAUGGGAACAUAAAAAGUAUAAAAUAAAAGAUGUAAUCCCCCCCCUUUUUCUAUAUUAUCCCUCAAAAAUAAUAAUAAACAUAUUUGGUAUCGGCGGGUGCAUAAUUGUUCGAACUACCAAAAUAUAACAUUAAAGGGGUAUUCCAGGAAAAA